AUGAUCAGAAAUGUGGAUGGUACCGAGAGGCUGUAUCUUUCAAAGAAAUCAGAUGAAACUAUUUCCAUAGACAACUGUAAAAUACCACAACAUCAUCUUGACGGUCUUAGAUUUCUCUUUAGCCAGUAUAAGAAGAAAAAACCAGGUGUUAUAAUAAAUGAAACAACAGGAUUUAACCGGAAUCUCCAGAUAGUACUAUUUGUGAAAGCUAUGUGCCACAUAUUCAAGCAGCCUGUGUUGGUGCUGUGUCAGGAAGGUGCUGAGCAUGGCUGGAUGGAGCAGUUUCAGACAUGGACGGACUUGUGUGACGACGUAGUGCUAGAAACGCGGAAGCCACAUAUAAAGAAGCAAGUGCUGAUUAAUACUAUGGCUAAUCUACCCUCCUUCUGUAACCGUAACUGGAGUGUUCUCAUCGUAGAUUCGCCAGAAACCGAUAAAGCAACGCUGCAGGUACUUGAGCGCUUCAGAGCAGAUUACAAAAUUUGGAUCACACCAAUCAAUAUAAGAGAAAAUUUAGAUCAUUUUUCAAUAAUAUAUAAAUGGCUUUAUCCAAAGGAGAAGUUUGAUAAAAAUAAAUUCAUUCCAAACACAAACAAUUUAAACGAAGUUGUAGAUAAGGCCAUAUUAUUGGAUGCUUUUAUGGAAGAUAUAGUCGCUGGAAAUGAAGAGGAUGCUGUUAAGGAUAAACAAAACGACGAAUGUCCUAGGAAAAUAAUAUCAUUAAAAAAUAAAGAUGCAACUGGAACCAAGAUCAAGCGGUCGAAAAGAAAAAAUUAUGAUGAAGAUGACAAUAAAAUUAACAAUAUAGCAUCCAACGAAAUCACAAUACUUAAAGACGAGGAAUAUGAUGAAGAUUUUAGCAUAGAUAAUUUCAAAAGAAAAAGAAAAGAAUUUCAUAAAAAUGAAAUAAAUGAUACAGAAGAAUCAGAUACAGGUAUUAAAAUGAACACAUUGAAUAGUCAGAGUCAAGUUCAUUUAUUUUACGAGCCGGAUUCGCCAACUGAUAUUAAUAAUGAUAGUGAUAAACUAUAUGAAUUGGAUACUAUAGUUUUCGGUAAUGAUACGUGUGAUGAACGAAGUGUAAAUAUUAAUGAAACGGUGAAUGAAAUUAUUGAGGCUACCAAAGAUAGCUAUCUAGGACCAAAAGAGGAUGCUAAUGUAAAUGCAGAUGAUGAAACUCCAAGUGAUUGUGAUGGAGAAACCCGAGAAGGAGAUAAAUUAUGUAUAAGGAAUAAUGAGAUAUCUACGAAAUUGCCGUCUACUAUUCAAAUAGAAUCAGAAAAUAAUGAAAUUAAUAAAGAAAAUGAUAAUCAUGAUGAUGAAUUAGAACCAAAGGAUGAAGUUUAUUUAGAAACGAAAUCGCCCAAUCAGACAAAACCACUUCAGAUUUGUGAUGAAUUAAAGCCUAGUGGUAACAAAAUAUUUAUGUCAGAUGAAGUACAGAUAGAAUCUAAUUGUAAUAAAAUGAACGAUGAUAAGAGUUUGGUCCCAAAUGAGAGGGCUGGUCCAGACUCAAAUGCACUAAAACAUAAGUGCAUUGACGAUAAAUUAAAAGAAUUAGAAGAGAAAGUGAUGAAGAGAUUUAAAGGCUCCAUACUAGAUAGCUUAAUAUAA